ACACACACACACAAUAUAAUAUAUACUUAUAAGAUAUAUGUAAAAUAUGUAACAGCUUUUCCAGUUGUAUUGAGAUAUCCUUAAAAAGAGUAAAGAUUUCAUUUGGUAAAUUCCUCCUUUUUAUUUUUAUGUCAGAGCGAGAGAAUAUGAGAAGUUGAGAUGUCAAUUAAAUGGAUAAAAUGGAUAGAUUUAUUUUAUUCAGAUGUAGUAUGGCUGAUAAAAACAAAGAUACAGCAUCCCUUUUUUAAAGGAAUUCCCCAUCCUUGGCCUCACUGCUAGGUAAUUUUAUGCCAUUUUGAAGAUAAGUGGUUCUUAUUUGCCAAUAACCAUUUUUACUGUAUUCUAUGUUUAAAUACAAUGGGUUGUAUAUUUGUAUCUACCUUUCAAUGCAGAUAAUUAACCAAUUCCCAGUUUUCUUUCAGGUAAAUGUUGGAGAUAUAGUUAUAAUAAAAGGCAAAGAGUAUAUCCCUGCUGACACUGUACUUCUCUCAUCAAGGUAGAGAUGCCUACUGAUGCUCAAACAGUGUAGAGGAUGGUUUCUCUGCCCUGCAUUGACCCUGUGAUUCCUCCAAGGAAAUAAGGAAUAAACGAAGAAUUUUAAAACCUCUCGAAUGAUUUUGAAUUAAGCAUUAAAAAAAUUGAUUGGACUUAAAGGACUCUUUCAUGUUUGCCAUAUAAAAUAAAUGAUGGGCAUUAUACUUUAUCAUUCAAAACUUAUAAUUACAAUUUAGAGUCUACCCUUCCUCUGGAUAUGUCCCGAUCCUCUCAUAUGGACCACUCACUCGUGUGUGACUUCCUGUCAUUUAUUUUAUAUGAUACAUGAAUUAGGUUCUACUGAUUUCAUCUUGCAGUCCUUGUCAUGACGAAUUUCUUUAUGACGUAUUUGUAUCUCUCUCCAAAGUUUCUUCAUCUUUACGGUGCAUUGGUACAAGAAAAUGGAUGAUUCCUUUUUUUUUUGUCAUCAUAUCUUUUGAAAUUCCAUACUCUUCCAACAAAAAAAGUUUUUUGCUCUUUUUUUAAAAGUUCUUUCCAUUACUGAAUUUAGAUAAUUUUUGUUUCACUCAUAUUGAAGCUAGUCAUGAAUUAGUAUUCAGAACCUACGGCACUAUUACCCUUUAAAGAAUGUGACUUUCAAAUGGAUUUAGGUUUAAAAACUAUAAAACUAGUCCUAAUAUAAAGUAAGGAAAAUGUUUUUAAUAUUUUAGAGGUUGUUUAUCAUCAUUUCCUUGGACAGUUUUAUUUGCAAAAUCUACGUAUAAAUAUGGACAGUGUCCUUUUUUCAAAAUCUGUUUAAUCAGGUCAUUAUUGAAAGUGAUUGGAAAUAUGACCAAUUAGUGAAAUUUAAAUAAGCAAGUAAAAGUUACCCAGAUACUUAUAGGAGUAAGUCUAUAAGUAGUUGAAGUAACUAUAGGUAGUUAUAUUUCCAUAUUUUUUUAGUUCCGAGCUCUUUGUACCUUUUCUUUAUAGGUUUUGUUUUCAGAAAAAUUGAAAUUAUGAUGUUUUUGAAUCAACCUUUCUGUCAAUGGUUUCCUUUGCUUAUAGUUUUAUCAGGGUAGGUUUCUAAAACUGAAGUAAAGGAAUUGUCCACACAUGGCAGUGUGAACAUGAGUUUAACAGGGAAUCCAUUGUCUGUCUCAGGUGCUCGUAGCAUCAGGUGUUAGAGCUCUUCCUAGGAGGCAGGAGACCAGGUUUCUUAUCUUGGCCUGGCGAUUUUGAACAAAAUAAUCUCUCAGGCCUUGAUUUCAUAUCUUUUAAAAUGAGGAAGAUGGAUUACUUCAGCAUGCUCUCAUAUUCCUUGAGUCUCCUUUUUGUUUGAAUUGGUAGUAUUUCAUUAAUUUUUCAGCAUGCCUAACCAACAGUCCGAUGGGCCAAGUAACACUUUGAGAAAUGGAAUGAAUGAAUGACCAUCUGAAUGUCGUCAUGUAUAUAUAAUGAACAUUUCAGCAAUUUAAGAACCAUAUUGAUGUUUUUCUGAUUAAACUUAUCAUAGAGACAUUACCAUAGAGAGAAUCAUAUAUGCUGAACCAGUAAUUACAAUAUUUAAAUUUUGUAUACUCAAAAUAUUAAGAUAACUGACUCUACUACCCUGACUUUAUACUUAGGUCUAAGUUAAAAGUUGUCAAAAUAUUUUUCAUCUGCCUCUGUCCAAUCCCAGAAACUCCCAUAAAACUCUGCGCUGGUAUUUCUUAAACUUUAGAGCAUUUUUACAGGAUUUAUUUUCUAAACAUUAAAAACAUUCACUGGUGGCUAUCAGUAUUGGUAAAUCAAGUAGUGUCUAUAUCUUAAUAUAGCAUACACAGUAACGAACUUCCUCCAAAGAUUAUUACUUUUAAAAAGAUUACCUGAUAUUUCUGUCCAAGUGGCAAAAUACCACCUUUCAGUUGUUGUUUUCUCAAAAGGGUUUUUGCAGUACUUGGCUCUUUUGAACCUACGUUAGACUGAAGAAGUAGAUGAAGUUUUGUCAUUAUUUAACAGAAAGAGGAAUUUUGACCUUAAGUCUUAUUUUUAGCCACUUAACUUUAGCUAAUGACUAGGGUUGGAAUACUUAAUUCCUAGUCUAAUAUCUUCAUUAUAUCAUAGCCUCUGCGAUCAAAACAAGUGCAUGGUGAUUUUCACCUGCAGGUGACCAUCAUUUAGCAUAGCAACAAACCACAGCUUAUAAUAUUUUAAUCUCUAAAUAUUUUUAAUUAUUAAUUAAUAAUAGUUUAUCUUCGUUGAGGUAGUUUGAAAUUAAAGCAUGACCAUGGUUGAAGGUUACUGUGUUUCAAUGAUUUUCAUUUUGAAGUAAAGAAACUGACAUUUUACCUUAUAACAAACAGAUACAUGAGUUUAGAAAGUAUAAAAGAGUAAAAUAACUCAAACUCUUAAUUCCAAUCCAAACAGGUUCUUGGCAUGUCUACUUCAUACCUUUGAAAAAUUUUUCCCAGAUUCAAAGGAUUACCCUCCCAAAAUGCAUUACCUAGACUUUAUUAUUAAAUAACUCACAAGGCUGCAAUUAUGCCUUCUAACUUCCUAAAAUCCAUGUCUUUGCAGCUCUGCAUUAAAGUUGAUACAAUAUUUAUGCAGUGAAGUUUGAAAAUGUUUUGGAAUCAAAAAAUUUUAAAUACAGUUAUUUUUUAGUAUAUGUGUAAUAUACUUUGUUUUUCAGAAGUAGUUUCCUCAAAAGGAGUUUCCACAAUUAUUUUCUUUCUUUUAGGCUAGGAGUGGACAUAGAGUAGAUGGCAUGAGAAUGAGGAAUUGGAGAAAGGGAAUCUUUCAGAUAAAGUAGCUCUAUCUAAAAAUAUCUUUUUAUAUAGUGUAAGAUGUGCUUGUGAUUAAACUUUAAAAAAUCAAAAAUUUUCACAUCGAAAAUUGAACUUAAAAGCAAAUAAGUAAUCUAAAUAUUCCAUGUUUUCUUGUACCUUUAGACCUGAUCAAAAUAAGUUUUGAAAAAAUUGGCAUUAGACAUUUUCUAUUAACAUGUAUUCUUUUCUGUAAUAAUUUCAAACUUUCUGUCUCCUUUGUCCAUUUGUUUGUUUUGUCUGUUAUUUAUUUUUUUCCAUUUUAAUUACUUUAAACUGGGACCUGUAGGUGGCUGUGGGGGAAAUAGUGAAAGUGACCAAUGGGGAACACCUCCCAGCAGAUCUCAUCAGCCUGUCCUCAAGCGAGCCCCAGGCCAUGUGCUACAUUGAAACUUCCAACUUAGAUGGUGAAACAAACCUGAAAAUUAGACAGGGCUUACCAGUAACAUCAGAUAUAAGAGACAUUGACAGUUUGAUGAGAAUUUCUGGCAGAGUCGAGUGUGAAAGUCCAAACAGACAUCUCUACGAUUUUGUUGGAAACAUAAGGCUUGACGGACACGGCACCGUGCCCCUGGGAGCAGAUCAGAUUCUUCUUCGAGGUGCCCAGUUGAGAAACACACAGUGGGUUCACGGAAUCGUCGUCUACACUGGACAUGACACCAAGCUGAUGCAGAAUUCAACAAGUCCACCGCUUAAACUCUCAAAUGUGGAACGAAUUACAAAUGUACAAAUUUUGAUUUUAUUUUGUAUCUUAAUCGCCAUGUCCCUUAUCUGCUCUGUGGGCUCAGCCAUUUGGAAUCGAAGGCACUCUGGGAAGGACUGGUACCUCAACCUAAAUUAUGGUGGCGCUAAUAAUUUCGGGCUGAAUUUCUUGACCUUCAUCAUCCUUUUCAACAAUCUCAUUCCUAUCAGCUUGUUGGUUACAUUAGAAGUGGUGAAAUUUACCCAGGCCUACUUCAUAAAUUGGGAUCUCGACAUGCACUAUGAACCCACAGACACUGCUGCUAUGGCUCGAACGUCUAAUCUGAAUGAGGAACUUGGCCAGGUAAAAUACAUAUUUUCGGAUAAAACUGGAACUCUGACAUGCAAUGUGAUGCAGUUCAAGAAGUGCAGCAUAGCUGGAGUCGCUUAUGGGCAGAGCUCACAGUUUGGAGAUGAAAAAACAUUUAGUGAUUCAUCAUUGCUGGAAAAUCUCCAAAAUAAUCAUCCAACCGCGCCUGUAAUAUGCGAAUUUCUCACCAUGAUGGCAGUCUGUCACACGGCAGUACCAGAGCGAGAAGGCGACAAGAUUAUUUAUCAGGCAGCGUCCCCAGAUGAGGGAGCCUUGGUCAGAGCAGCCAAGCAAUUGAAUUUUGUUUUCACUGGAAGAACACCUGACUCAGUGAUUAUAGAUUCGCUGGGGCAAGAAGAGAGAUAUGAAUUACUCAAUGUCCUGGAGUUCACCAGCUCUAGGAAAAGAAUGUCAGUGAUUGUUCGCACCCCGUCCGGGAAGUUACGACUCUACUGCAAAGGAGCCGACACUGUAAUUUAUGAUCGACUGGCGGAGACUUCAAAAUACAAAGAAAUUACCCUAAAACAUUUAGAGCAGUUUGCAACAGAAGGGUUAAGAACUUUGUGCUUUGCUGUGGCUGAGAUUUCAGAGAGCGACUUCCAGGAGUGGCGAGCAGUCUAUCAGCGCGCGUCCACAUCUGUGCAGAACCGGCCGCUCAAGCUCGAAGAGAGCUAUGAGUUAAUCGAAAAGAAUCUUCAGCUACUUGGAGCUACAGCCAUUGAGGAUAAAUUACAAGAUCAAGUGCCUGAAACCAUAGAAAUGCUCAUGAAAGCAGACAUUAAAAUCUGGAUCCUUACAGGAGACAAGCAAGAAACUGCCAUUAACAUUGGACACUCCUGCAAACUUCUGAGGAAGAACAUGGGAAUGAUCGUCAUAAAUGAAGGCUCUCUGGAUGGAACGAGGGAAACUCUCAGUCGUCACUGCACCACCCUGGGCGAUGCCCUUCGGAAGGAGAACGAUUUUGCUCUUAUAAUCGAUGGGAAGACCCUCAAGUACGCCUUGACUUUCGGAGUGCGGCAUUACUUCCUGGACCUGGCUUUGUCCUGCAAAGCUGUUAUUUGCUGCAGGGUCUCUCCUCUUCAAAAAUCCGAAGUCGUUGACAUGGUUAAGAAACAAGUCAAAGCCAUAACGCUCGCCAUCGGCGAUGGGGCCAACGAUGUCAGCAUGAUUCAGACGGCACAUGUCGGCGUUGGAAUAAGCGGUAAUGAAGGCCUCCAGGCAGCUAAUUCUUCUGAUUACUCCAUAGCUCAGUUCAAGUAUUUGAAGAACUUGUUGAUGGUUCACGGUGCCUGGAACUAUAACAGGGUCUCCAAGUGCAUUUUGUACUGCUUCUACAAGAACAUUGUCCUCUAUAUUAUCGAGAUCUGGUUUGCCUUUGUUAAUGGCUUUUCUGGACAGAUCCUCUUUGAGAGAUGGUGUAUAGGUCUUUAUAAUGUGAUGUUUACAGCAAUGCCUCCCUUAACUCUCGGAAUCUUUGAGAGAUCAUGCAGAAAAGAGAAUAUGUUGAAGUAUCCUGAAUUAUACAAAACGUCUCAGAACGCCCUGGACUUCAACACCAAGGUUUUCUGGGUUCAUUGUUUAAAUGGCCUGUUCCACUCAGUUAUUCUGUUUUGGUUUCCACUAAAAGCCCUUCAGUAUGGUACUGUGUUUGGAAACGGGAAAACCUCCGAUUAUCUGCUGCUGGGAAACUUUGUUUACACAUUUGUGGUGAUAACUGUGUGUUUGAAAGCUGGAUUAGAGACAUCGUAUUGGACAUGGUUCAGCCACAUCGCGAUCUGGGGCAGCAUUGCGCUCUGGGUGGUGUUCUUCGGGAUCUACUCAUCUCUGUGGCCUGCUGUUCCGAUGGCCCCGGACAUGUCAGGAGAGGCAGCCAUGCUCUUCAGCUCCGGAGUCUUUUGGACGGGCCUGUUCUUCAUCCCCGUGGCCUCGCUGCUUCUGGAUGUGGCCUGCAAGGUUAUCAAGAGGACUGCUUUUAAAACAUUAGUAGAUGAAGUUCAGGAGCUGGAGGCAAAAUCUCAAGAUCCAGGAGCAGUCGUGCUUGGAAAAAGCCUCACAGAGAGGGCACAACUGCUCAAGAACGUCUUUAAGAAGAACCACGUAAACUUGUACCGCUCGGAAUCAUUGCAACAAAACCUGCUCCACGGGUAUGCUUUCUCUCAAGAUGAAAACGGCAUCGUCUCACAGUCAGAAGUGAUUAGGGCCUAUGAUACCACAAAGCAGAGACCUGAUGAAUGGUGAUGGGGAGGGCCACCAGGCAGGCUCUGCUGCGUCUCUGAGGAGGGCUCCCGGUCUUCACCGAAAGCUGCAGACCAAUUCCAGCCUGGUCCAAGGAGGUGAAAGGUGGAUCUGAGCUCAUGUCAUUGAUUGACAUUCAGAUUCAUGUAUAUUAUAGACAUAAGCACUGUGCGAUCUACUGUAACACCAUCUCUUUCAGAUUUUUUUAAGUAUGUGCUGAGUCUUUGUAAACAGAACUUGAAACUGACUUGUAUCUUGCCGGACUGCUUUCUUACUCUGAGAAUAGGCCAGGAUUCUGAAUCCGUAACUGUGGGGCUGUAACUGUCAGUUUAUUGGAUAUACCACAAGGCGACCAACCAUUAAAAACUCCAAAAUGGUAACAAGCGAAAGGGGCUCUUACUAUCCAGACUUAGAUUUCAGGAUAUGCUGAGAAAAAAAAAACAAAACGAAAAAAAACCAGCAUUCUUAAGGAACUGACUCAUCUUACUGAGCAAAAUUUCUAGACAAGACAUUAAUAAGUGUUUGUGUCAAAAAUUGUCUUGAUAAGUGUUUGCCAAAGAAGUUCAAUAAAUUAUUUUUCAUUCAGUAGUCAUUUGCCCAGAAAUUUGAGAGCGAGCUUACCUCCAGUCCUGCUGUCAGAUCUGCAUGCUUGACUUUUCAAAUCUAAGAGUGAUUUGCAAAACUGAGUAUUUCGAGGCAUUUGCUACUAAAAUCUGUGAUGUUGCACCUUCGGCCUUACAGACGCUUCUUUCUUGUCUGUCUUGUUUAUUUGUUCAGGUUAGAGGGCACGCGUAGUCAUGUGACUCUGUCAUUACUGAUUUUUAAAACUGUUUAUGUCUCAGUCAUUUCUAACGAGGUUGCAUCAUCAUUUAGAUUUUUCUAAAAGUCUGGCUUCUGCUGUAGAUUGAGUGAUGUCCUUUUGUCUUAAAGUUGUCUCUGUUAAGAAAAAUAUGCUUCUGUACUCACGUGGGAUUUCUAAUGCUUCUGUGGAGAUGUUUGAAAUACCGUGUCAGACAAAUGCGCGGCGUCUGUGCUGUGAUCCGGUUCCCCGGCCGUGCCCGCCGGAGACGCCUGUGGUCACGCAGCACACCCCGGCGCUGUGCGCACACCCCGGCGCUGUGCGCACGCCCAGCACUGCGGCCUGACAAGUGCCUCACAGGCCGCUUGUCAAGCAGCUCCCAAAACUAGGCACAUGCUGCUAAUCAGGACAAAUAAGUAGUACAUUUUCCCCGCUCAAAAAAUACUUCUUUUACU